GAGGACCACAGGGCAGGCAAGAAAUCUGGAACUCAUGAGCAGGGAAUUGUCCACAGUCUCAAUUUGCUCUACAAGUGUGGUGAAGGGGAAAACGCUCAAACUCACAGCUGGAGGAAGAUUUCUGGGAGAGUGGUUCAGGUGAGGACUGGGUGAGGAUCCAGAGCUUGCAAUGGAGCUGGCAGAACCGACAUCUGCAGAGGAGGUGAGUUGGCGAGGUGAAGCUGACGAGAAGGGGGAUCUUGACAGAGCAGGAACAGGUUGAAUGCCACCCAGCCGCAGGCAGACGAAUAGCAGGAAACAGGCAGGCAGAGCUCGUAGUCAGGGACAGAAGGCAGGUGGGUUUACUGAGGCUGAGGCGUGAAACAGAGGUCAGGGGCAGAUCAGAUCGAUACCAGGUAAGCAGUCCAGAGGUGAAUGAUGGAGAGUCAGGCACGAGAGCGAAGACAAUCUGGCAAAGAGUGAGGGGAAAGAAGCUGCACAUAUACUGGCCUGAUUGGAGAUGAUGAGCAGGUGAGAGCAGCAGGUGAAAGCAGUUAGCUGAUGAGGGGUGUGGCUGAGAAGCAGAGCAGGAGAGGCGCAGAGCAGACUGUUACAUCCUUUGUUCAGAAUUAGAAGGGUUGGACACUCUAGGGCUUUAAGUUUGUUGCUGAGUUUGAUUUUUCUCUCCAUGCGUUUCUUUUUUCCUGCUGUUGCAUAACUGAUCACCCAUCCCCUAUAUGGGGCCUUAAAUGCUUCCCAGACAGUGGAGACUGGAGAGACUGAUUUUAAGUAUAUAUCAAAGAAUUCAAUUGUUUUUUUCUCCCCAUAAGAUCGGCAAAAUCAACAUUCUUUGAUAGAUAUUAUUUAGCCCCCACUUUCUGGUUUUACACAUGCUGGAUGAUAGGUGAAAAGAGACAGAGAUGGGUGCAUGGUCUGAUGGUAUGAUGCUGUGAAUAUGGGCAUCAAUUACAUACCAACGCGGCCCGUCUUUCCUGCUGCCCAGCUCCAGCAGCUGCUCCAGGGAUGGUCUCUGAUCCAUGGUUAGGAUCCAUUAUCACGGGUCGAAGCCUGAAGCUGCUUCAGCCCUGCCAGAAGAUCCAUGGGUCCUCCUGGGAGCUUAGCCAAAAUCAACAGCAGGGCCCGCUCCCUAACCUGUGCUCGUGGAGACACAGGAGCAUGCUCGUGGAGGAGUGGAAGCUCGGUGAGCUCCACUCCAUGUCAGCUGGAGCUCUGGUCCAUUGUGUGCAGGGAUAAACACCGUGCAAUGCCUCCUUCAACUCUCUCAUCACCUUCGACCAUCACGCUGACCUCAUCACAUCAACAGGUUUGAUGUGAUGAGCAAGAAGGAUUUCCCUCCUCUGAGCAAGAAUGCCCAGCAGCAGCGAGUGGCAAAACCAUCCUCUGUCCACUACAAGCUGCUGAAGGAGGCUGUUGCGCAGAGGAGCCAGGCCACGGAGGUAACACCAACCCUUAGACAACUGGACCCUCCGCUGCUGGUAAAAGGUGCUUCUCGAGACUACAGAGCAUCCUGGAGCCAUCCAGUCCCACUCAGAAGCGUGUCCAAAAGUGUGAGGGCCUGGCCCUGGAGCCCUCCUUGCUCCCAGGUGCUCCAUGGAGGUCUCCCUCAUCUCAAGGCCGCCCUGGACAACUCGGGCAGGAUAAGCGCACCGGGGGCGUUGCACACUUUUCCCUUGCAGCGAGACAACCGGCCCCAACGGCGGAUCCUCAGGUGAGUCCUCUGUCUUGCUCCUCUGGUGAUGAUGUGCAUCCUGGGCCACCUCAGGAGCCUGCUGCUUGUCCCUCUGUCCUCGUUGUCAGGUCAUUGAUGGUCUUCCACGUGCAGAUUAACAGGUGCACUACUUUAUGCCACCCAGGUGCACUUGUUGUUGAUGUUUAAAAUGCCCUCCCCCUGCUCCUACGUCACCAUUCCUCUGUGUCCACUGUGGUGGCACAUUUAGGAUCAAAUGAUUUGCACUUUCAGCAGUCUGAGAAACUCAGAAAUGAUUUUUUCACUUAAUUGACAGUGUUCUCGAUGCAGCGAAAUGGUGUGUAAACUCUGGUCCAUUUCACUCCCCCUGCUGUGGCGACGUUAAAUUCUCCCGUUCAUGACAACUUCAUAACUAGCUGAAGGACUACUGCUGCAACAGGGGCAUUCCACACGUGGACAGCUUCACAUCAUUUUAUACAAGAACUGAUCUCUUUAAACAAUCCAUCCAAAUUACACUGGAUCCUGUCUUUUAUCAUUGAACAUCGAACUUGCUCUGCUCUCCUGCAAGGCUUUUUCAGCAUAGCAGUCCAAGCACAAUUCCAUAACAUGCCCCACCUACCUUAUUCCUGUCAUCAGCACAUCCAGAAAGCACUCCAGUCACUCAAAACCACCCUCAGGUGCAAAUCUGAAAAAUCUCAAAUUUACAAACUUACGUAACCCCCCUGCUGAUCCCCCCAAACCUUCACAGACCAGACUGAAAAUAGCACUUUUAAAUGUAAGAUCUCUUUUAAACAAGUCUUUUCUGAUAAAUGACCUUGUUUUAGAUAAUAAAAUUGACUUUAUGGGCUCUAUUUUCGUGCCUUACCGGAGACGUGACGCAGGCGUGGCGUAAGUCAGGUCCGCCGUGCCAACAAGGCGUUCCCAGCCCGGCGUAGGUAUCCCCCCUCCCUAACUCAGCUCCUCCCAGCAGCGUAAGUCGUAGGGAGGGAGGAGAGAGGGUGUGGAGUGGGUUUAACACAGCCGAGACCUGUAUUGACCAAUAACAUCAGCUCCCCUCCUCUCCUCGCCUUUAAAUCCGCCACCGGCGAGACGUAUUACAAUUUUCGUUUAGUAGUCAAAGAGAUCAAGAGAUGUCUGGAGACAGCAAUGCCACACGAUAUCGACAGAAGGCAGCCCCUCAACAUGUGUCACUGUAAGCACUGCAGAGGGCGUCCUGCACACUGUCUCAUAUAAGCACAGAUGGAUUUGAUGUGUGUAAGGUUGGACCCACUGGUAAGACAAAAACCCUUUUCCACAAAUAAAGACACUCACAUAAAGUUGCAUAUAUUCAAACCUCAUGUGACAAAGGUAGGUUGUGCACACAGAUCACAACAUAAAUUCCAAAAAUGGCAUUAAAAUCGGAACCAUCUGUGCAUAAAUGACACAUCGCGCUCCGUGGCCAGGCUCUUUCUUUCAUAGAUGUACGCAUAUACAAUUAAUUUGGCUCACAAAACUGAAUAUUAUAAUAUUCGUUUGUAGGCUAAAAGUAAAAAACUCACCUGAUCACUAAAACAAAUCAUCUGUUCAGCCGCCGCAACUGCAGCUGCAGCAGGACAGGGAGAGGACACGGAGACAUGUCCAGGUCGAGCUGCGCGAGAAAUAAGAGGAAGAGGAAGAUAGAAAAGGAGGGAGACGAAUUACAUAUCUUGUUAACUUCAUCAUGUGUGUUUAUUUACUAGAUAUUUAAUUUAAUUUAAUUUAAUUUAAUGCGGUUUCAGCUGUGUUGAUUUGGUCAGGUUGUGUGUCCAAACACGUGCCAAACGCGCCUGUUAAAUCCCAAAUUCUCAUCUCACCAUCUCCAUACCUGACUCCCCUGUCACUCAAGGCCAAACCACACCCCCAACAUCAUAAAAGCCAGCCCUCAGGCCUGCACUUCCUUUUGCACCCUGACCAAAAUCAGCACAGAACAAAGGGAGUCUGAAUGUGAGUUGGAAACGGACAAAGCCUUACUAAAAUUUGUUGGAUUCUCCUUAUUUGUAUUAUUUCUAAUAUGGUUUAUUCUCAAAUAUUAUUUCACUAGAUUCCUGUCAAACUAAAUUCAAAUGUAAUGAUUUAAAGCCCUGAAGUGGAUGCAUCUAUGACGUAAGAUUAGUUAACAAAUUUACAAAUUCAUUUGACUUUAUAAGUCCCCCUUUAUCGAAAUAUUUUAUGUUGAUACAUCUUGUUCCUAUUUCUUUGAUUGUCUGAACAGAAAAAAUCAUCCACUGAAGACAAGCGAAAUAAACCGUCUAACUGAAUCCUGGAUCCUGUGUUUUAAUGUUCACUUAAUAUAUGAUGUUCGAUGAGCCAGCAUUAGCGUCAACAUAAUCUU